AUGUUGGUUGCCAUUCUCUGGUUGUCACUGUUUUCAUUACCAACUAUUGUUGGCCGAGAAUAUCAAACAUUUCCACUGCGUCUGGAUGCCAUAAUUAAUGAACUUCAUCGUCAGAAACAAACAUUGCUCAAUACUGAUGAUCUAUCCUAUGCUGGUACGAUCGAUGAAUUAUAUGUUCAACUUUUAUCAACUAACAAUCGAACAACUGCCUGUGAAAAAGAUAUUGAAAUAUUGGUCAAAGCAGUACUCCGUCGUGAUAUGUGGGCUCUCAAAGUCAUUGAUUCUUGGGGUAAACCUCUUCCAUCUGGUAUACUCAAACGAAAUCUCUUUUGGGUGGGUAACUACGAUGAAUGUGUUCAACAAAUAUAUUUACCUGACAACAAAUCAUUCGUACAAUAA